CCAUAUCCGGUGGCGUCACCGGAAGCUUAGUUACCCGUGCAGCUAGGGGAAGCUCUCGCCCUAGCAACCGGGCCUCGGCUUCCAGGAGAGACCCUGAGCCGCAGAUAGUGGGUGAGGAUGUGGUUGCUUCCCUGCUGCUCUCUGUGACUCUCCUCCGAGUUGCUUGCAGCUGUUUUCAUUUUGACGGAGGAGGAGAUGUUGCCCGUACCAGGAUUGCAGUAGAAUUACUGAUCUUUGAUUCAAAUCUCUCACCGGAGGUGCUGCCGCAGAAAGCAGAGAACGACCAGUGAACUGCAAUCCCUGAAUCAUAAAGUAAUCAACUGAACUCGAAACCAUGGGGCUAUUUGACAAAUUAGCUGGCUGGCUUGGUCUAAAGAAGAAGGAGGUUCACGUGUUGUGUUUGGGACUGGACAAUAGUGGGAAAACAACUAUAAUUAAUUGCCUAAAACCUUCAAAUGCUCAAGUACAGGAUAUUGUUCCAACCAUUGGAUUCAGCAUCGAAAAUUUCAAGACCUCUGGCCUCUCCUUUACAGUGUUUGAUAUGUCUGGCCAGGGUAGAUAUCGAAACCUGUGGGAACACUAUUAUAAGGAAGGCCAGGCCAUCAUUUUUGUUAUUGAUAGCAGUGACAAAUUAAGGAUGGUGGUUGCCAAAGAAGAACUUGAUACGCUUCUUAAUCAUCCAGAUAUUAAACACAGACGAAUUCCAAUAUUAUUUUUUGCGAACAAGAUGGACCUCAGAGAUGCUUUGUCAUCUGUCAAGGUUUCCCAGAUGUUGUGUUUAGAAAAUAUCAAAGAUAAGGCAUGGCAUAUUUGUGCCAGUGAUGCAAUAAAAGGGGAAGGACUACAAGAAGGUGUUGACUGGCUUCAAGAUCAAAUCAAAGCAAUGAAGGUGUGAAGGCCACUGAAAAGAGAGGCAAAUUAAGGUGAUUUGAUACUACUCAAGAGAUGAACAUUGCACCAAAUAUAUCUCAUCAUGUUGGGGACCAAACUUUUAAUUUAUCUUCAUUUAAAUUGUAUGUUUCAGAAAGCAAAAUAAUGUACAUAGUCAAAGUAAUGUAGUAUUUUUGUAAUACUAAGAUACAGUAAAUUUUACUUUGAAUUGUAUUAAGGAAUUAUUUGUUGUAAAGAUCUGGAAGAAGUACCCAAUGAGAAGUUGGUGUUUAAAGACUCAUCAAAUAUAUUACUUGCACAAAGAGUCUUGAAUUGAGGGCUCACUGCCAGCUUGCUCUAAACACGUAAAUAAGAUAGUGCAGUCUCGCACAUUCCCAAGCAACAUUUUCCUAAAUAAUGUCAAAAAUAAAUUAAAACCCGGUCCAUAGCCACUCAGCACUUGUUAGGUCCUUGACAGCUUCACUAUAGGCCACUAUUGAUUGAUCUAAACUUGGAAGAUGUUUUGCUUAGCAGAGAGCAGCAUACAGCCAUUUUUCAUUACAGUAAGCUGGCAGGAGAGGAGAACUAAUUUAUAGCUCUUUACGUGGGUAACAUUCUCUUUUUUUUUUUAAAUAAAGAAACACCAAAUCAGGCUACUUGAAAUACAAGUUUUCCAUCUAGACUUGGCACAUCCUUUUCAGACAUGCUUAGAAAGAUAUAUAAUUUCAAAACAUGCACCUUGUCAUCAAUUGCAUGGCCUGGAUUUUGUGGUUGUGUACAGAUGACAAAAUUGCAGUGUUCUCUGUUGUUACUUCUCCAAAAUUGACAGCAACUUUUGCCAGUCACACAUUUGCAGUUAAACUUUGAAAUCCAAAGGUUGCUGUAUGUUUCUCUGCUGUCCACAGGAAUGUACUGUUGAACUCCCCACUUAUGGAAAUCUGUGAGAAAUCACUGAACUGAUGAAAACUUGACUUUUUAUACUGUGAUAUUGAUGUAAAAAUCCUGGAAAAGUUUGACCUUUUAAUGAGAUAUAACUUGUCUUUUUUUUAAGCAGUGUCAAAUGUUUCCAUCAUGAUGAAAUCCAGUUUAAUUCUAGUAUUUCAACUAAUGUAAGUUCCAGUCUUUAUUUCGCUUUCUGCAAAAUGUAUGAAAUGUGAAGGUCAUAUAAUGCAUUUUGCCAUCUAUCUUGUGGUUUGUGAGAACUCCUUAAUGUGAUUGGCUGCUUACCCUGCCUGAUGAUAUCACAUUUGCUGGCCACCUCAGAAUCCAUUUUACUUGACACCAGAUACAAAUUAAAGUCAGGAAAUUUGAAAUCCAUUCCAAAGAGACCUUAUUAUCGUCAUGGGCAACUUUCUUUGAGAUCCGUUGUGAGUGCCAUUUCAUCACUGAUCACAAAAUCCGGACUGUUCAUUAUGCAAAUCCUGAUGGGGGGGAAACUUGUAAACAUUGCAGUAAUUUCUUUUCCUUGUUUAUUUCAUUUCGUCACACAAACAAAAUG